AUGCUAGACUGGGACAUCCGAACGUGUCUGUGGAACGAGUGUCACCGAAAACAUUUGUCUUUGCCUGUGGAUCUUUUGACUAGAAUCGACCUGAAGGUGGUCUUCAAGCGAUGGUACUCAACUACCAAAUCUGAGACAGAAGCUGAGUUCCGUGGCCAUUUUGAAGACGCUGUGAAGGCUGCCGGUCUCUCCUUUAUCGGGCGGCCGCACAGUGGCAUUGACGAUGCGCGGAACACUGCUGCUCUACUGAACCGACAAUCUCCUUUCAGAUUCAGUGCGCAGCUCACUUUCAGUCAUUCACUUCUGUCCAACUUCGUUCCCAAAGUGCAGGCCGAUUCAACGUUGUUUCUGCGUCUUAGCCUCGGUUUUGACUUCUACCUGGUGAGGGCCUGUCGCCACCUACUCAGCCUGCCAGAUUUGCAAGACCACUUUCCGUCUCUGGGGAAUAAGCCUCUUACUGAUCGUGACGUCACUUGCCUCCGACGAAUCCCUGUUCUCCGUCAAUUGAAUGACGAGCUUAUUCUAUGUCGGCCCGCUUUAGAGGGCUGUGAGUACGCACAUCAUGACUUAGUCGCAUGGGCCAUUGACCACGACAUAUUGGUUAAAGACUUUGCGAUGGCUAUUUUGAAGACAGAUGUUUUCAAUGACGCCGUGUACUCAGCUAAAGUUCUUCCCCGGCUGACUCGACACGUUGGUGACCUGGCGGUGGAUUAUCGCGUGGCUCUGCUACUUAUUCAACGAUUAAGUAGUCUGCGGCAGAAAUUUUUGCCGACCAACCACCACAUGAGUUUGCUCCACCACCUGAUGCCACUUCUUUCGGCGACUUCCAAGUCAGAAAUCCUGGCGCGUCUCCACACCAGGUCCGAACAAUGCCCCACACCACUUUCCCCAGAAGAAUCGAAGUUCAGGAGCUGCGCACGUAACUUCUUCAAUCGUCUCGCUGCUAGUCCUGGACUGUCCGAUCUGAAUCCAAGUUCAUUCUCUCGAUCUAGUGGCAGGCCCUGGGCUCCUUCCGGCCAACCCUCAAACAUCAUCUCCACUGAAGCCUUGAUUGAUGCUGACCUGCUGCUGCUAACCCGACCCAUUGACUUCCUCACGGAGCUUUUGUACUUUCCCAUCACUCAACACUCAGCUGCUCUCCUACCGGUCGUCUUUACGGUGCGUUUUGCCGGCUAUUUGCAAAUUCUCAGCCACGUGAGCUACAGCCUCGACAUCCACCUCAACGGCGAGAAGGUUUCGGUAGCGCGGAGGCUGCUUGCCAAGCUCAUGGCCUUGUUCGAGGCGGAGGAGGAGGAGGGGGAGCAGGAGGCUGGUGAGGAGCAGGGCGUGGCUCUGCUCAUGCGGUACCUGCCCAUGACCGGUGACCUGGACCCCCUCCAGGUUGCCCUCGCUGCUCAGGCCUCGGCUUUCUCAAACCCCGUCUCCAUGGUGUCGGCUGACGACAACGCAGGUCUCCACUCCGGCCGGGGGCUUUGGACGCUCUGUUUUGCCUGUCUGUUUGACCAGUGUGCGCGCGUGGGGGAGAAGCCCCAAGGUCACGACUUGGCCGCAGAUGACGACGCCGCUGAUGUCACUGGUUGCUUGGGUGACCGUGUACCUUUCAUCCCACCGGCGGUGUUUCCUUGCCCGUUCCCGCGUCACCCCAAAUGCCCGCUUCCCACGCUUCCCUCAGUUCCUUCUUGGCAGCCAUCGUGUGUUGUGAUAUCUGGCAGCCGGUUCGCUGUCGGUCGCAGUAACCUCUACGGCCUUCUUGCAUGUCUGUGCUCCUUUUUUAAUGGUCGCAAACUGCGUUGCCAAUCCACGUGGCCAACAGUGUCGUUCGAGCUAGCUGACCUGGUCGCCUCGACAACCCACGCCGAGGUCGUGGUCCAGAGCCUCUCCCUCCUCCUGCUGCCCUCACCACCCGCCCACCUCCCCGACGUCCACUUGGUGACGCUGUGCCGCCGUCUCCUCGACCACCAUCCGACGCCGUUGGUCGUGAAGAUGUGCGUCUCCGUUCUCGCCCAGACCCGCGCCUCGGACACCCUCGGUGGGCAUUUGCGAUCGGUGCUUGCAGGCGAGCAGAACGCACGUCUGCUGAUGCAAUGCGCUGACUUCCUCCCCAAUGACCUACUUGGGCUCUUGCGUAUUCCACUGCCGUACAAACUGGUGCAAUCCAGAUUGGUCGAUGUGGCGGCUUUAAAUGAGAGGUGCGUGUCAUCCUUGUUUCUGAUGGUAACAACUCUCCACACGAGCGUGUCUUGCCACAAACUCACUAACGGUCGGCCACCACUUCUUUUAUCUAUCAUACGUCUGCUAUCGAUGUCAAUUGCAGAGGUUGCAGCAUAUUCGGUUGGAAAGCAAUCUCCAUCCACCGCCUCUUUGUCCAUACGGCAACAACUUGAAACAGAGUCUCUCGUUAACCGCCACGACUCUCAACCCACAGUUCAAGUCAACCUGCUAAAUGUGAAUCAGAAAAUCAAAACUGCAUCUAUUUGCGCUUGCUGGUCUGCGCGGUGGUUGUGCAGUUGUCAGCGCCUUUCUUCCACAGCGCUAGUCAAAAUUUGCAAACUCGAUAUCGAAGUUGCAAAUCGAGGUGAUAUACCUCCUGACCUGAUGUUCUGCCUUUAUCGCGAGCCCAGUUAUGUACUUCUCGGCAGAAAUCCUGAGCCUACCCUUGUCCAACUUGUUGUAGAACUUGGAGCCGAAGUUUCCGAACUGUCAAUGGCGGUGCCCUCCCCCUCGCAACCCUCGUGUGACGAUUUAUGCUACGACAUCAACGUUGCCGUGUUGUUUUUAUUUGGGUUCACGCCGGAACUGGCCUUUGCUAGCCAGACACAAAUCACCGCCAUGUUCCUACCACUCACAAAGUGCCACUUCGAAUUCACACCUGCGAUGCCUCAACCCGAGCACCCUUUGUGUCACUUCGCGCAGCCACUGUCCCCCAGCGACCUGGAGGAGAUCUUUGAAGUAGUGAGUCUCUCUGAUGGCACGUGGCUCGCUCUCGUGAACUCCUUCAUGGUGUCUUCGUCGAAGGAACCUGAGAUCCGCAGUCUGUGGAACCGCCUUUCAGCAUCCAGCGUCAUCCUGAGCCUCUACGCCUUUCUCCAUCGAAUCUGUUCAACUGACGGCGGGGACGUGGUGGGUCGCUGGGCGCGUGCCGUCGGCUUCGUGGACCAACUCGUCGUGGGCGGUCUCCUUCAUCUUGCCUUCUCCACGCGAAAUCCACCCACCACCACCACCGCCACCUUGAGCGACACCACUUCACCGCCUCCGGACAUCCACCUCGGACACCACCGUGGCUCACUUGACCUCUUUGACCUCGUGUUUGGACUCCUUCGAGUGAUCGAUCGAUUUGGUGCAAAGCCGCCGUCGCCCAUGCUGGGUCUUGUCUGCCAAACUCUGGCUGUCAUUGGGCAGCGGCUGGUGUCGCGUUUCGCGACCGCUCCAGACGCUGUGACCUCGGACCAAGUGCAAGUUCUCGUUGAGCAGGCAGUUCUCGUUAUCGAGGAAAUCGAGGCAUACAUUCGAGGCCGUGGGGAACCAACGACUCCACCUCUGGAACACCUCUUGGCCUCUCUAGACCUGGUUUUAAAUUCGCUAAGUCGAAAACAGGACCAGGAAUCUCCGUGUACAUAA